AUGAUUUCGUCGGCAAAAAGGGCAUCCCGGCAAGUGCACUACAGCGAUCGGCCGACCCGGCAACAAAGUAUAGGCCUGGUCAGUAAUCCAAGCUAUUCCGAAUCCGAGGACCAAUAUCAAAUCCCUGAAAACCGUUUGAAUCGCGCCUUCACCGAAGUCGAUCUAUCACAAGACAACCCUUCUAGUCCCUCGUGGCAGGAACCACAGAGUACACACCGCAAGCGACGCCGAACUCCAUCUGAUCUGUUCUCGGGUGCUAAUACUAGGAACGGCCCUCAUAUGUUUUCCCACGACCGACGAGAGACCUACGACCUCAAUCAGCGCGAUACACCCACGGCUCCACCAGGAGGAGUGUCCAGAGCUAGUACUGCGACGUUGGUUCAAGAUCGACACAAUGGCUCACGAGGCGGCCAACACUAUCCAAACAUUGGUUCAGGAAUGCAGCACCCCAGAUUUGUAUCAAUUGGUUCAUCCAACGUUCCCCCUCCUAUAGAAACCCGGUCAAGUCAAUGCCCUCCUUCUCUGUCUCUCACCGACGCUCAGCAGUGGAAAAAGGACAAAAAGGAGCAUAGACCUGUCAGGCUGCCUCAUGAUGAUCUUCUGGCAGAUCUGAACGAGAGGGAUCACGUCUUUUUAAUCGACAACUCCCUCUCCAUGCGACCUUAUCGUAGAGAAGUGGAGAAUCUUUUCGGGUUGCUUGGAUAUAUAGUCAAGGGGACAGACCCUGAUGGUAUAGAAAUACAGUUCACAAUGUCGCGUGAUAGAAAAGAGAGAGCGAAAAACACUGGUCAGCUCCUACGAACUUUAGAGACAGUGCGAUAUGUUGGCACAUCUAAUAUCAGAAUACAACUGGGGGACAUUUUUCAAGAUUAUCACGACAAAUUAAGGGACCGAAAACCAACGAGAUCACUAUUCAGACUGUUGAAAUCACCGCGGCCGGUACGACGCCAGAACUUAUAUAUCUUUACUGAUGGGAUUUGGCAACCCGGCUGCGACCCAGCCCCAAUGAUCAAAAAGCUGGUGGGCAGCCUCGAGCAGAAUUUUAUGGAGAGAGAACAGUUUGGAAUCCAGUUCAUCCGUUUCGGCAAUGAUCCUGACGGUAUCAAUCGCCUCAAUCAGCUGGACUCCGGCUUGGGCCUAUCAAUGGACAUUGUCGAUACAGAGCAUUCGGAUGGGAACGUCUGGAAGAUGCUUCUCGGCGCGGUCAAUGACUGGUUUGACGACGAUGAUGUCAACGCCGACAGCAGUGCGGUAGCUUCCCCUGUUGUCGAUGCAUCUGCUGGCACGAACGGUCUACAUCACUUAUUGAUUCCGGAGUACAACUCACAACCCUCUACUUUGAACGGCACUCCUUUCCAUGGAGCGCGCCCCGGCACAUACAACCUCUAG